AUGAAUAAUAAUAAUAAAAUUAAUAAUAAUAAAGAAAUAACAGAAAUUGCUCCUUUUGACCCUACAAUUCCUCCGCCGGAAAUUCCUGCUAAAAUUAGAAAAAGAGAAGCUACUCCCAUCGAAGUUAUUCCAUCCAAAGUUAAAAAGAUUGAAACAACAUCUACAGAAUUCAAAAAGCCAAAUCCUCCAAAACAAGCUCUUUGGAAACUUUUUCGUGGAAAGUUCCUCCUAACUUUCUAUUUGUGUUCAACUUGCCGUGAUAAUCUCUUUAAAUCACAGGAAAAGAUAACACAAAAGGAUGAAAGAGUUGUUGUGAAAAUUGAUUUGUGUUCAAAUUGUGUGAAAAAGAAUUGUAUGGCAACUGAUUUGCUCGCACCUUAUAAUAAAAAAUAACUUUUAUAUAAACAAUCAUUCUUUUUAUUGUAUUUUUUAAAUAUUCAAUCAACUUUAAUUGUAAUAAUUCAAUUUAAAUAAAUUUUAAUUAAAAUUUUUGAGGAAUUUAAUUUUACAAUUUUCAAUCCUCCUAUAUUUUACUCAUUCGAAUUUAAUAUUUAAAUUUAUAUGGUCCCUAGCACUGAGUUUUACACGUAAUUUCAAAUGGAUCAUUUUCCCCUACUUUGCUCUCACUCAUUUUACUCUACUUUCAUCCCAUCUCUCUCUUCUCGCUCAUUUUCUUUAUUUCUACAUACUCUCUCAUUUUCCCUACUUUAGUCUCACUCAUUUUACAUUACUUUCAGCCCAUCUCUCUUCUCGCUCAUUUUAUUUAUUUCUACACUCUCAUUUUCUCCUACUCUUUCCUUUGA